ACCCCUCAGCUGUGUCAGCUGGUCAGCCACUGGCAGAAACUCUGGCUCCUGGCUCUGGCCAGACAGGGCCGCCUAGAGCAGCACGAGCAGGGACUCCAAGAGAUGGAGGAAUUUGCGAAUUUUGACUUCAACGUCUGGCGAAAGCGCUACAUGCAGUGGAUCAGCCACCUCAAGUCUCGGAUCCUGGAUGUGUUCCGAAACAUCGAUAGGGACCAGGACGGACGAAUCAGUAAGAAGGAGUUAAUCGACAACGUCCUGGCAUCCAAAUUCCCCACCAACUCCCUGGAGAUGAAUGCAGUGGCCAAUAUCUUUGACAUGAAUGGGGACGGCUUCAUUGACUACUAUGAGUUUGUGAGUGCCCUCCAUCCCAGCCGGGAUCCCUACAGGAGGACGCUAGAUGCAGAUCAGAUCAACGAGGAGGUGGGUCGACAGGUGUCUCAGUGCAACUGUCCCAAGAGGUUCCAGGUGGAGCAGAUCAGUGCCAACCGCUACAGGUUUGGGGAUUCCCAACAGUUGCGGAUGGUGCGUAUCCUGCGCAGUACCCUGAUGGUACGGGUGGGAGGAGGCUGGACAGCACUUGAUGAAUUCCUGGUCAAGAACGACCCUUGUAGAGUGAAAGGUCGGACGAACCUAAAGAUAAAGGAGAAGUACUUGUUCGACAACUCUCGGAGAGGAGGCUCAUCUAAAACCCUGACGGUCAGCAGGUCCAACUCCAGCCUGAGUCUCUACAGCAGCGCCUCGGCUCCUAGCAGCCCCCUAACACGCAAGGCCUUACUGCGGAGGAGUCUCUCAGGUGACCGCUGCAUCCGGCCCAGGAGCUCCAUAGCUGCUCUGGGGUCAGAUCUACAGUUCUCCACUGUGGGGGAUGACGAUUCUCUUUCACCAUCAGAGGAAGCUGAAAGACUGCCCACAUGAUGAGGAAGGUAUGUCCACAACGCGCAUCAUGUGAAUGCUACAGUGAUGAGCUCCACUACAGCGAGAGAGCGAGAGAGAGAGCGAGAGAGAGAGAGAGAGAGAGAGAGAGAGAGAGAGAGAGAGAGAGAGACCAACAAGACAAGGCCUCAGUCACAAACUCCACAACCUUCAGAAAGUGAUACAAAAGGGCCAGAUACACUAUUGGACACUGUGUUUGCAGGCUCUCUGGAGAGCCUUCGAUUGGUCAGCUAGGGAUCUGGACAUGACCUCUGACCUAAACCUGGACAUAACCCACUACUCUCCUCUCUGAGUCGUUAUAUUGAUAUAGUCAUCAUUUCGAUCAUCUGAACAACUUCAAUACUGGCUUUCCGAAUAUGACAGUAUCCGAGGAUAAAGAUAUUGGAACAGUCUGCAUGGAUACGAAUCGCAUGACGGCUAUCGGCAAAGCUUACAAUCUACCACAUUAGUUUUACCCCUGCACCCUUAUAACGAUGUCAGGGCAAGCUGCGAUCAAGCAACGGUGUGGCCUGAAGCUAAGUCUCAAAACUCUGCAAGAACAAACGCGUGUAUUAGCAGCAACUGGAUCAUCGUUUUCUAAGCUAUAUGAAGUCAGGGUUUCAUCAGCGACCGUCAUGAUUGGCUCCCUUAUGUUACUGUGUGUACUGCAUUUCUCCUUUGAAGUAAAGUGGGUCUGUAAAAUGCGCUCAAAUGCAAGUAUGUGAAGGUGUGCUAGUAGACGCUGUAUUUAGUAACAAGACAAAGACCGUCCAAAGGAUGAUGCCAAAGCCUACAGAGCCAAUGGUUCCAUCAUCUUUCACCGUUGUAAUUCUUUUCCCAUGACAUAAUAGGAAACACUAGCCUGGUCCCAGAUCUGCUUGUACUGUUUUCGCCAACAGCGUCCAUAGGAGUUUACAAGCCAGCACAAACAGAUCUGGGACCAGGCUAAGGAAACACUGCUGGCGGGGCCACAUUGCUGUUUCAUGUUACAACUUCAACCUGAACAGACGCUACACUGUCAGUGUAAAGGUUUCUUUUUAGUAUUGUUUUAAAUGCUACAUUUUAAGGUCAGAACGUAUAUGAAGAUGGGCAUGGGUCAUUGUUUUGAUGAGAUUAUUUUUCUCAGCUUUGGUUUUGCCUUUUGAUGUUUAAGGGUUGAAUGUUUACGUGGAACAUUACUGUGAGAUUGUAGAUGUACUUUUUAUGUCACCGCUGAGAAGCCACUGGAGGUUUUAUAUGGCGGGACAUUUGAAGGGCAAGUUGUGUUCUUCACACAUGAACUUCCUCCCAUGGAAUGCACUUUUUCUUUGGUUUGGUUCUGUAUGUGUGUGUCACUUUUUGUGAUUUAAUUCACUUAGUUUCAGUGUUUAGGACUAGAGAAAUAGACGGGAGUUUCUUUGAUUGCUGAUGAACAACUGUAGGGUUUCACAGGGUGUGGCCCUCCCAAAAUACAAAAGUGUAGUUCUCAAUGAGAUCUUGGCUUUCUGUCCUCCAUUCGGUCUUAAUUCUGACUAUUUUAGGCAAAGCAACACAUUAAUUUAUGUCUCUUUCCUCCUUUUGAGCCUAGGCGUAAAAGCAAAAUGUCCCACCUAUAGCAAACGUUCCCCACGUGUGUCUCAAACAAUUACACCUCUGCAUACAACAACUGUCAGACAGAGGAUUGAUGCCGCUCACCAUGACUGUGCCGGUGCUACAAUUCAUAUCAAUAUUAUAAACCCCAAAGAAAACUGUAUAUCAUGUGACCCGCUUGUGAAAGUCUACACCCUCAACUCUACCUCAGAGAGAUGAGCUGUGAGGCUUGAGGUUGACGAUGUCCUAAAAUGGACAACGUACAAAUAUUUUGUCUAUUGGUGGCAUCUGGACUUGUCCCUGCUUAAUCUUGUAUCAUGCUUGCCUUCUCUAUGGUUUACUGUAUAUCUGGUAAAUUGUACCACUGUAAGCAAGUGUGUGUAUGUUACCACUGUUAGCACGUGUGUGUAUGGGCAUGUGUUAAGUAUGGGUUUUCGUUUUUUUAUUGAGACUGGUCCAAGAAAGGUACAAUCUUACAUGACAAAAGCAGUGGAUUGUGUACACUAAGGUUUGGGCUUAUGCAGUUCUGAUUAAGAAAAACAAAAAACAAAAUUUCGAACUCCUUUGUUUCUGAUUCAUUCCAUUGUCAUUUUACGCUUCAAUGUGAGAAUGUUGGGCAAUACAGAAUCUCAAUGUACUGUAAAACACAAUAUCCAGAUUCUUCUACUGCUAUGCACCCCUAUCUUUCUGUACUGUAUAUGUCAAUUUCUAUAUCCAGCGCUUGUUCUGGUAUCUAAUUUAGGAACACUGUAGAAGAAUGAAACUAAUAAUGUUUUAAGUCCAUUGUAAAAUAAACCAUUUGUAAUGA